AUGGACCAACCUCAGGAACAGGGACCUCCCGGUCCUUUCCAUGCUCUUUAUUUAGCUGCGAAGGAGACGACGACUGUCUUCCGUUACUCACGAUCGCUCUGGCUAAUUUGGCCUACCCUGGAGGACGUCGAGGUUAUCAUUGAUGCAGACCCGAAUGGCGCGAGAGGCCUGCUUCUUCAGGCGGGUUCCGGGUUCUCACUGACCAUGGCUAACAAGCUGUUCUUCACAACCGGGACCCAAAGAAUUAUAGUUGAACUUCUUCGCGCUGGUAGCACUUGCUAUUUGAGAUUUCCUGACGUAAUGACUAUUUCCCUUCUUACUCUUACUGUGAGUGGCCGUCCAAUGUGCGUUGGGAAGACCCCCAUCAUAUCCAAGUCUGCCCGUCCUCGGAGAAUCGAAAAGGCAGCUACCGACAUGGAGGACGUUGAGGAGCUCCUAAAUUGGCUCGCUAGAGAUGGAGUUAAAGUCAACUUCGAGGGUUAUCCCAAAGAGGCGGAGAACUAUCUCCUCUCUGCAGUCCGCAAGUUGUAUCAGAUGAAGGCUUUUAUCCGCCCUCUACUCCGGGCUACACUGGAGGAGGAGCAUUUUCGUUUCGUCAGCAACUAG